GUGAAUAAGGACAAAGUGCAAGCCAUACUCGACAUGACCCCGCCAAAGAAUAUUAGAGAAGUACAAGUCCUGACAGGCCGAAUUGCAGGCCUCAGCCGAUUCAUAGCCCGGGCGACGGAAAGGAGCUUCCCUUUCUUCAAGUUACUCAAGAAAAAAGCCUUCCAGUGGGGUGACGAGGCUCAGAUGGCAUUCGAAAAACUAAAGGAGUUUUUGAGCGAGCUACCAUUGUUGACAAAGCCAGAGUCGGGCGACGAGUUGGUACUCUAUAUCUCGGUGGGAAUCUUUUCUUUGAGUUCUGUGUUGCUGCGAGAAGCUGAAGGGGCUCAACAGCCGAUCUAUUAUACAAGUCGAGUACUCCAGGGCGCAGAAACAAGGUAUUCUGAGGUCGAGAAGGCCGCACUAACGUUGGUGCUCACAGCCAGAAAAUUGAGGCCGUAUUUCCUGAACCAUGUGAUAAUAGUAAGGACAAAUUUCCAGCUCGGUGAGACAUUGGGUCGACCUACCGUGUCAGGUCGACUCGUAAAAUGGGCGGUCGAACUCAGCGAAUUUUCCAUCAAAUAUGAACCUCGACGGGCUAUAAAGGCCCAAGCUCUAGCCGACUUUAUCCAAGAAGGGACCAAAGGAGAAAGCAAGAAAUGGAUGAUGCACGUCGACGGGUCCUCGUCAGCCAGGGGAUCUGGUAUUGGAGUCGUCCUAGUAUCCCCCGAAG